AUGAACCGUCAAAAUCCGAUGAACCUCAACGCGGCAAUGGCAAAUCUCAUCGCUGCGGGACAACAGCCUCAGAUGCCUCCAAUGCAAGUACCGAUACCUGGUCACACUCUGCCACCAUUUCUCCGACAACCACAAAGGCCUGUUCCUAUUGCAACUCCAAUGCCGGUUAUGACGCCAGCUCCGGCUGUCGUGGCUCCAAACUACCAAAAGAUCGCCGAGAUCCCAGAUGCUCACGCGAAAAGCGUUUCUUGCUUGAAAUUCUCUCCCAACGGCAGAUACUUGGGAAGCAGUGGUGCCGAUCGUGUCAUUAAGAUCUACAAUACACACGAUUUUGCCUUGGAAAAGAUGCUCACUGGUCACAAACUCGGAAUCAAUGAAUUCGUCUGGAGCAGUGACUCGAAAGUCAUCUUCUCGGUAUCGGAUGACAAAAAUGUCAAGAUGUACGACGUCGACAAUGUCCAGUGCCUGAAGACAAUGAGAGGACAUACGAAUUACGUCUUCUGCAUUGCAGUCAACCCGGCCGGAACACAUGCUGCUUCAGGAGCCUUCGAUGAGACUGUUCGCGUGUGGGAUACUAGACUCGGAGUCUGUAUCAGAGUUUUGCCAGCUCAUCAGGAUCCAGUCACGGGAGUCAUCUUCAAUCGAGAUGGAACUCUCAUAGCCAGUUGCUCCUACGAUGGCUUUAUUCGAAUUUGGGAGACAGAGCACUACACAUGCUGCAAGUCGCUCGUUGAAGAGGAUAACCCACCAGUGUCGCAUAUCAAAUUCUCCCCAAAUGGAAAAUUUAUCCUUUCUUCGAAUUUGGAUGACACACUUCGUUUGUGGGAUUUUGGCAAAGGAAGGAAUAUCAAAGACUACACGGGACAUCUCAACAGCAAAUAUUGCAUCGCCGCCCACUUCUCGAUCACCGGAGGAAAAUGGAUUGUGUCCGGUUCGGAGAAUGGAAGAAUCGUCGUUUGGAACAUUCAAACCCGUGAAGUGGUGCAAGAGAUUGAAGCUCAUGACACUGAUGUGAUGAAUACCGACUGUCACCCUCUCACAAAUAUGAUCGCAUCUGCUGGUAUCGAGCCAGAGCUAUGCAUCAGAAUCUGGAAGUCUGACACAUAA